AUGAGUUGGCUUCGCUCCCUCGCCGGGGGCCACCAGCGCCCCACCAACGAGCGCUUCCUCGCGCCCAAGAAAACGCCCUUCGAGCUCGCCCAGCACUACCUCCCCAUUCUCAAGUGGCUGCGCAACUACAAACUCGGACAAGACCUCAAGUUCGACCUCGUCGCAGGCAUCACCGUCGCCAUGAUGCUCAUCCCGCAAGAGGUCUCGCUCUCCACCAUCAUGCACGUGCCCGCGCACCACGGACUCUACACGGCCGCCACGGCGCCGCUCAUCUACGCGCUCUUCGGCUCCAGCACCGUGCUCUCCGUCGCCAGCGGCUCUGAGGUCGCGCUGCUCACCGGAUCCAUCCUCGAGCCCAUCGAGGACGAGAAGGAGCGCGUCGCCACCGGCAUCAUGAUCGCCUUCCUCAGCGGCGUCAUCCUGCUGCUCGUGCGCGUGCUCAACCUCAGCCAGGUCGCCGACUUCUUCUCCCGACCCGUCAUGGGCGGAUUCAUCUCGGCCGGCGGACUGCUCAUCAUGCUCUCGCAGUUCCAGAACGUGCUUGGCGUCAAGUUCGACUCGCAGGACUACCCCGUGCAGACGCUCUACCAGAACUUCAAGAACAUCGGCCACUCCAACAAGAACGCGCUGGCCGUGGGGCUCAUCUCCAUCGCCUACCUCAUCGGCGUCAAGCUCAUCAAGAAGCGCUUCUUCCCCUCGCCUGUGCUCUCGCAGCUCUUCGACGACCCGGCCAAAACCAACUCCGCCAAUACACAGCAGAUUCCUGCUAGCGGCAACUUCGCUGACAGUCACGGAUUCUCCAUCACGGACGAGCAGUACGUCGGCCUCGCUUCGGCCCGCGCUCAAGCAGACGAGAACCAGGCCAAGUCGCUCAACCGCAAGUCCAUCGACGACUCCACGCCCAAGUCCAAGCCCGUACUGAUCGCCAUCUUCUUCGCGCGCACCCUCUGCGACCUCGGACCCCUCGUCGUCUGCAUCUUCGGCGGCAUCGUGGGAUACCUCCUCGGACCCAAGGCGCUCAAGCUCACCGGCACCGUGCCCGGCGGAUUCCCCGCCCCCGUCCUGCCCUGGUACGGCUUCGACGACGACCUCAUCGACGGCGGCCGCUUCGGCACCAUCCUCGUCAACGCGCUCACCGUCUCGCUCGUCGUCUUCCUCUCUAGCAUCGCCAUGGCCAAGCGCCUCGCCAUCCAGAGGGGGGAGGACAUCAACACCGAGCAGGAGCUCACGGGCAUCGGCGUCGCCAGCGUCGUCUGCGGCAUCUUCCAGGCCAUGCCCCCCACCGGCGGCAUGUCGCGCACAGCCGUCAACAUGCAGAACGCGCACACACAGCUCGCCUCCAUCGUCACCACGCUCAUCGUCAUCAUCGCGCUCUACACGCUCACGGGCACGCUCUACUACCUGCCGCGGGCCACGCUCGCCUCCAUCAUCAUCGUCGCAGGCUACACGCUCGUCGAGUUCAAGGAGGCCAAGUGGCUCUUCCGCGUCAAGCGCGACGAGUUCUUCGUCUGGGCCGCCUCCUUCGUGCUCACGCUCGGCCUGGGCGUGCUCGAGGGCCUCAUCGCCUCCAUCGUCUGCUCCGUGCUGGCGCUCAUGAUCAAGACCAAGCGCUCUCCGGUCGUGAUUCUCGGCCAGCUGGAUAACGGCAGCCUCGUGGACCGGGACCUCUUUCCAAAUGCUUGUCACCUGGACGGGAUUGUUGUCGUUCGUGUGGAGAGUUCGCUGUACUUCGCCAACUGCGAGCGCGUAGCCAAAGCCAUCGAACGCGAGAUGGCUCGACUCCUGAAGAAGGGCAUCACGACGCACGGCGUGGUGCUGGACGCGUACCACAUGAACGACCUGGACGCAACUACGAUCCAAGUAUUGUCGGACACGCAGGAGAAGCUGGCGGUGCGCAAGGUUCGCUUCGCUAUCGCCAACGCCAAGGGCCGACUCCACGACAUUCUGGCGGCGACCAACCUGCCCAAGCGCAUUCUUGGUGGCGAUCCACGGGUGUCGGUGGAAGACGCGCUGCUCUUGUUGCGCGCUUUGCCAGUUUCAGGUAACACGUCUCCGUCGUCUUUAGGGGCGACCAUCAAUGUGCCGGUGUAG